AUGUUAGUACGGUCUGUGCCUCACAUUCCUCAGUUACUACACUCCAAUGGUCAGCCUCCGAAGGGUAGUUCUCUGUUUGCGGCCAACAGGGACUUUGUGUUCGUGGAUUUUGUGGGUCUUUGUUGUAAAUCGAAGCGAACUAGGCGAAGAAUCGGAGAUUUGAACGGCCGGAGUUUUCACAGGUUAGCGACGAAAAACUGGUCAGCAAUCAGAGCUGUUCUUGAUCUGGAACGCGUCAGCAAUGCCUCUGAACAAGUUUCGGAUUUGAAACGGAAGGUGGCACACUUGGAUGAUAUAUUAUCGGAAAGAGGGGCAUGUGGAGUUGGGUUUAUUGCCAAUUUGGAAAACAAAGCAUCCCAUGAGAUUAUUAAGGAUGCUGUUACUGCUCUUGGUUGCAUGGAACAUCGUGGAGGUUGUGGAGCGGAUAAUGACUCUGGUGAUGGUUCAGGAUUGAUGACUUCAAUUCCCUGGGAUCUUUUUAAUGAUUGGGCUGGCAAACAAGGGAUUGGUUCCAUUGAUAAGUUGCACACGGGUGUUGGAAUGGUCUUUCUUCCCAAGGACGAUGACCUUGUGAACAAAGCGAAAACAGUCAUUAUAAACAUUUUUAAGCAAGAGGGUCUUGAGGUGCUUGGAUGGAGGCCAGUCCCUGUUGAUGCUUCUGUAGUUGGGUACUACGCAAGAGAAACCAUGCCCAAUAUACAGCAGGUUUUUGUUAGGGUUGUUAAAGAAGAAAAUAUUGAUGACAUUGAAAGAGAACUCUAUGUCUGCCGAAAAUUAAUUGAAAGAGCAGUGAAAUCAGAAGCUUGGGCGAGUGAGCUUUAUUUCUGUUCGUUGUCCAACCGAACUAUAGUUUACAAGGGAAUGCUUCGUUCAGAGAUUCUUGCAAGAUUUUAUUCUGACCUCCAGAGCAAUCUUUAUAGAUCCCCAUUUGCUAUUUACCAUCGGAGGUACAGCACCAAUACUAGCCCCAGGUGGCCACUUGCUCAACCGAUGAGGUUGCUUGGCCAUAAUGGAGAGAUCAAUACCAUACAGGGAAAUUUGAACUGGAUGCAAUCUCGGGAGACCUCAUUGAAAUCUCCUGUUUGGCAUGGUCGUGAAAAUGAGAUUUGUCCUUAUGGAAACCCAAAGGCUUCUGACUCUGCAAAUCUUGAUAGUGCUGCAGAAUUGCUGCUAAGAAGUGGUCGCACCCCUGAGGAAGCUCUAAUGAUUCUUGUCCCAGAGGCAUACAAAAAGCAUCCAACAUUGAGUAUCAAAUAUCCUGAGGUUGUUGAUUUCUAUGAUUACUACAAGGGUCAAAUGGAAGCUUGGGAUGGACCUGCCUUACUCUUAUUCAGUGAUGGAAAAACAGUUGGAGCUUGUCUUGAUCGAAAUGGACUUCGUCCUGCUAGAUAUUGGCGGACAAGAGAUAAUGUCGUCUAUGUUGCAUCCGAGGUAGGUGUUCUACCUGUGGAUGAUUCCAAAAUUACAAUGAAGGGCCGUUUAGGUCCGGGAAUGAUGAUAAGCGUUGAUCUACAAAGUGGUCAGGUCUAUGAGAAUAUGGAGGUCAAAAAGCGAGUUGCCUUAUCAAAUCCUUAUGGAAAGUGGGUGAAUGAAAACAUGCGAUCCUUCAAACCAGUCAACUUCCUCUCGACAACAGUUAUGGACAGUGAAGCAAUAUUAAGAUGUCAACAGGCCUAUGGCUACUCCAGCGAGGAUGUCCAAAUGGUUAUUGAAACUAUGGCUGCACAAGGGAAGGAGCCUACAUUUUGCAUGGGAGAUGAUAUUCCAUUGGCAGUACUGUCUCAAAAGGCGCAUAUGCUUUAUGACUAUUUCAAGCAACGGUUUGCUCAGGCUUUGGAACUUAGUGACAAGAACGGACAUUCAGAGGUAAUGUCACAAACUGGUACUAACUUGAGCAUGAACUUGGCUUCAGCGGUUUUUUUUUUCAGACCUGCCCAUGUUGGCCACCAAAGAGACCUUUAUGAUGGCAAAAGGUUGCAACUGGCUUGUUACAUGGAAUCUUGCUUGCAACCAAGGGGAAAGUAUGUUCAGCAUCACCACACCAGGAUUAUAAUCAUUCUGUUGGUUUCCCAUCUUUACACUUUAGAGAGCGAAGUGAUUCUCGUCGAGGCUGAGCAGCUUAAAAGUUUGCUUAUUGAGCAGUAUAUGUGGUGUGGUUUGCCUGUUGAAACUGUCCUUCAUAUUGUCAGUUUUAUAAUGGAGGUAGUUGAUCAUGGGUGUCUUGGCAAGAGAAACAUGAUGCAUGAGGUUACAAAUCCAGCUAUUGAUCCUCUUAGAGAAGGAUUGGUUAUGUCUCUUGAAGUCAAUCUUGGGAAGCGUGGAAACAUAUUAGAGGUUGGACCUGAGAAUGCCUCUCAGGUGAUUUUGCCAAGUCCUGUACUUAAUGAAGGGGAGCUUGAAACGUUGUUAAAAGAUCCCCACUUAAAACCCCAAGUUCUAUCAACGUUUUUUGACAUAAGGAAAGGGGUUGAUGGUUCCUUGGAAAAGACUCUGUAUAAGCUUUGUCAAGCGGCUGAUGAAGCUGUUAGAAAUGGUUCCCAAUUGCUUGUUCUCUCUGACAGGUCUGAUGAGUUGGAACCCACUCGACCUGCAAUUCCAAUACUCCUUGCUGUAGGUGCAGUCCACCAACAUCUGAUUCAGAAUGGCCUGCGAAUGUCAGCUUCCAUUGUUGCCGACACUGCUCAGUGCUUCAGUACUCAUCAGUUUGCCUGUUUAAUUGGAUAUGGUGCAAGCGCUGUUUGCCCAUACUUGGCAUUGGAGACGUGUCGGCAUUGGCGCUUGAGCAAUAAAACUGUGAACAUGAUGCGAAAUGGAAAGAUGCCGACUGUUACAAUUGAGCAGGCGCAAAAGAACUUUUGCAAGGGUGGGGAAAAGGGGAAUGGGAGGCCGUUCUGUAUUUAA